AUGGUGUUAGCCCUGCACUUUCGCUUAGUUCGAUCUUGGGGCUUCCUGGAGGACGACGAGUUCGCGAAGAAAAUGCUGGGCUUCUCUUCCGUAAGCUUCCUGAUCUCGCUGGUGCUCAGCACCACCGUUUUCCCGGUGUCAAACGAGGAGGGGAUCCUGCUGCCCAAUAUGGCGGCGGCCUUUUGCUACGCGCUGGGCCUCGGCAUGGCGACGACCUUUGUGCUGCUGCUGCGGGUCAGUAGCUUUGUGGACCCCCUGAACAAGAACCUCAAGGCCCGGUCCUUCAUCGUAGAGGACCGCCGGGACCCCAACACCCGCCGCGCGAGCGGGUCCGUCCAAAAGAGCACAGACGAGAUCCAGCGGGACAAGCUUCUGGGAGAGUACCAGACCGGACCGGCCAUGGCAAGGUUACGCUCCUUGGACCCUACACACACACACACCGCAUCCAACCAACAUAUGCCCAGACCUGCAGGCCGGCAGGCUUGCUUCUCCCCAAAUUAG